GCUCAGAGUCAGUUGCGGCGGCGUUGGCGUCAGGCAUGGUGGGCUUCCCGGAGGCGCCCGCCUUCCACGUGCUGUGUUGAUUUAAGAAGAUGGAGUGAAGUGAAAAGGAAGAUAAGGCUAAAUCGUAUAAGGAAGUUGCUGGCGAGAAGAGGAUCCCAGCGAUGCCUGGAUCCCCCGCGGAAGUGAAGAUACAAUCCAGAUCACCUCCCACCAUGCCGCCCCUGCCACCUGUCAACCCAGGUGGGCCCCGCCCGGUGUCAUUCACGCCUACUGCAUUGUCCAACGGGAUUAACCAUUCUCCUCCGACCCUAAAUGGUGCACCGUCCCCACCCCAGAGGUUCAGCAACGGUCCUGCUUCUUCCUCUUCCUCUUCACUGACUAAUCAGCAACUGCCAGCCACGUGUGGAGCCCGACAGCUGAGCAAGUUAAAACGCUUCCUAACCACCCUUCAGCAGUUUGGCAACGACAUUUCACCCGAGAUUGGGGAAAAGGUCCGGACACUGGUUCUAGCAUUGGUGAACUCAACAGUGACUAUUGAAGAAUUUCACUGUAAGCUUCAAGAGGCUACAAAUUUCCCACUUCGUCCCUUCGUGAUUCCAUUCCUCAAGGCCAACCUCCCGCUGCUGCAGAGGGAACUGCUGCACUGUGCCCGAGCAGCCAAGCAGACUCCUUCCCAGUACCUCGCACAGCACGAACACCUUCUGCUCAACACAAAUACUACAUCCCCGGCCGACUCUUCUGAGCUUCUGAUGGAAGUGAAUGGAAAUGGAAAAAGACACAGUCCAGACAGGCGAGAGGAUAAUAGCUUUGAGCGGGAUUCAGUCCCUCCUGAGCCUCCAGCCAAGAGAGUAUGUACCAUUAGCCCAGCUCCUCGGCACAGCCCGGCCCUCACCCUGCCACUCAUGAAUCCCGGGGGUCAGUUCCAUCCGACGCCCCCUCCCCUUCAGCACUACACCUUGGAAGAUAUCGCCACCUCCCACCUGUACAGAGACCCCAGCAAGAUGCUGGAACAUCGAGAAAUGCGGGAUAGACAUCAUGGUCUCGGCUUGAAUGGCGGCUAUCAGGAUGAGCUGGUGGACCAUCGGUUGACGGAGAGAGAGUGGGCCGAUGAGUGGAAGCAUCUCGAUCACGCCCUGAAUUGCAUUAUGGAAAUGGUGGAGAAGACCAGGCGUUCCAUGGCGGUUCUGCGGCGCUGUCAGGAAGCAGAUCGAGAGGAGCUCAACUACUGGAAGAGGCGAUGCAGCGAGACCACAGAGAACAGGAAAGCAGGAAGCGAACUCAUCUCGAGGCAACACAGUCCCGGGAGUUCGGACUCCAUCAAUAACGAUUCCCAGCGGUCGGGAGCAGGCUAUGUCACCGAAGAGAUCUGGAAAAAGGCUGAAGAAGCUGUGAAUGAGGUGAAACGCCAAGCCAUGUCCGAAGUGCAGAAAGCGGUGGCUGAGGCCGAGCAGAAGGCGUUUGAAAUGAUCGCCUCGGAGAGAGCCCGGAUGGAGCAAACCAUAGCGGAUGCCAAGCGCCAAGCCACGGAAGAUGCCUUCCUCGUUAUAAAUGAGCAAGAAGAGUCUACGGAGAGCUGCUGGAAUUGUGGUCGCAAAGCCAGCGAGACGUGCAGCGGGUGCAACAUUGCCCGCUACUGCGGCUCUUUCUGCCAGCACAAGGACUGGGAGAGGCAUCACCGGAUCUGCGGGCAAGGGUUGCUGGGCCAGAACAAGGCCCUCCCGCCGCCGGCGGGGCGGUCCGCCGUCUCAAAACCCACCGAGGGAGCGCCCAGCCCGGCCCUGGACAAGACCUCGGCGGCCACCUCCCGGUCUUCGACCCCAGCCUCCGUGACGGCGAUAGACGCCAAUGGACUCUAA